ACACCUCGAUCUCAUUGUGUUCCAUAUAUCCCUUUUCACCUCGAUAACCGAAUCGUCAAACCUCUCCCGAAGUACCCAUACCAGCUCCAAAAUGAAGAUCCUCAACACCCUCCUCCUAGCAAGCACAGUCUCCGCCCACGGCAUGUGGCAAAAGCUCAAAAUCAACGGCGUAGACCAAGGACAAAACGUCGGGAUCCGACCCCCCUCCUCCAACAACCCCAUUCAAUCCGUAACCGGUUCCUCCAUCGCAUGUAACACCGGUCUCCUAUCCCCGACGUCGACCAAAGUCGUGCAGAUUCCUGCGGGUGCAAAGGUAGCAUCUUGGUUCCAGCAUGUUAUUGGGGGUCCGCAGGGUGCGGGCGAUGCGGAUAAUCCGAUUGCUUCGAGUCAUAAGGGACCUAUUAGUGUCUAUCUUGCUAAGGUAUGUGUUUCUCUCUCUCUAUCUCUGUCUCAUGAGAAAGAUUUGGAAUGGGAGGUGGAUGAAGAAGUAUGAAGAUUGCUAAUGUGUUUAUGACAGGUUGACAACGCCGCCACCACCGCCACGAACUACAACUCCCUUUCUUGGUUCAAAGUCGCAGCCGAAGGACUCAAUACCGGUACCGGAAAAUGGGGUGUCGAUACCAUGAUUGCGAACCAGGGGUGGUGGGAGUUUACCAUGCCGUCUUGUCUUGCUCCUGGACAGUAUGUUAUGAGAGUUGAACUUCUUGGUAUGUUACUCCUUCUCUGAAUUUCCAUUCUCAGUUUUAACUGGGUUUCGCUAAUUGAUUUUGAAUAGCCUUGCACUCCGCCUACAGCUCUGGAGCAGCGCAAUUCUAUAUCUCGUACGUUCCCCCAUCCUCGCUUAACAACCUCAUCCAUUACAUUAUAGUAUACUAGUGUAAGAAGAAACUGACAAAUCGGUGUGAAAAGAUGUGCAGGCAUUGAAGUCACCGGUUCAGGAACGAAGACCGGUGGCACUACAGUGAAAUUCCCUGGCGCGUAUACCGCCACUGAUCCGUACGUCCUUUUUUCCUUUCCUUUCCUCCUUCCUCCAUUUUCGAGUAUGUCAGAGCAUGGGCUGAUACGAUCCAUAGCGGAAUCAUGCUAAACAUCUAUUCCUCCGGUUCACCUUCGGUUCCUAAUAAUAAUGGGAAGGCUUAUCCUAUCCCUGGACCUGCGGUUAUGACUUGUUAG